CAACUGUAUACUAAAAAGUAUUUCAAUUAAAAAGAUAAUUUUGAUUAUUAGAUAAUUACAAUAGUAAUUAUUAUUAAUAAUAUUGAUUAAAAGAUCUUUAUAAAUGUACAAUCAGAAUAUCAAUAAUGUUUAAAAUGGAGUUUAAAAUUGUGAUUUAAGUUGCUCAAAUUCUUAAAUGUAUUAGUAAGAGCUUUUAAAUCAUUAGUUUAACUAAAUUGCGACACCAACCAUGUAUGACUAAAAUACAAAUAGAAUUUAAAAUGGUGUGAAUUGUUAUAAUAUGUAAAAUAAUUAAGUGCUGAAUAAUUAAAAUUAAAACUAAGAUAAUUAUGUAAAAUAACAUCUUAACAAUGGAUAGAAAAAACUUAAUACUCAUGAUUUAGAAAUGGCUUGUGGCGGAAUUAAUUUUUAGUAAACAGCAUAUUAAGAUCCAAGCAUGUAUUAUUCUAAUCCCAAUAAAAAGAGGACGGCUUAGAGAUAUGUUCCUUCUUCUAAACCAAAUACAUUUGCUAAUAAUGUAAGCAAAUAAUCUAACAUGCAUAUUUAUUGGUUUAGCGAGACUCCUGGUUAUCACACAAAAAAAUGUUGUUAUUUAUUUUAUGCAGAUGACUGCUUUUUAAAAUGGAUAGCUGAUCUAUUUUUUCAUGUAUUUUUCUUUCCUUUUAAAGUCAUGGGUAUUUUAAUUUCUUGCAUUACUCGAAUUUGCUGUAAGGGAAAUAAUUGUUUAAUGUAGCUUGUAACUUUAAUAGAAGAAAUUGCCUAUUCCCCAGUUUCUUGUUUUGGUUCAUGGGUAAACCAGUGCUGGUAUUCUACGAAAAUGUUUUGUUGUAAUGGAGGGAGUAUAAGAUAUUUAAGUAAUACAGAUGGAUUUGAUAAUUGUUGUUAAAUAUGCUGUUUAAGUUCUGGAUAAUGUGUCAAAUCUUGUUGUUCGUUUACUAUUGAUUGUAAGUGUUGUAAAGCUUUAGAUUGUGGUAAAUUAUGCACUAAUGAAGAAGGAGAAUGCUGUUGCUCUUAUGGAUGUCUAAAAUGCGGUGAUUGUAUGCAAAAUUUAUUGAUUCCUUAAGGAUUGUGCGAAGACUGCUUUAAAUAUAUAUAGGGUAUUAGCUGUGAUUUUAUAAAUUCUUAGUGUAUUGAAAAUAUUUGUUGCUGUUGUAUUAAAGUUAGGGAAAUAGCCUCUGGAGAAGCAAUAGCAAUUAUAACAAAAUGUUGCUGUUGUGUCAUAUAAACCUUAGGAUCUUUCAAAUUUUGAAUAUAUACUUCCUAUAUUUAUUAUUAUAAAUAUCAAAUAAAUAAAGAAUAUAAUAAUUAUAUUAUUUUUGGAUGCGAUGAUUGUAAUUAAAAUUUAUUUAAUUAAAAUUAAAUCUAGCACAAAAU